AUGAAGAUCAACACCUCGUGGUCGUUGGCGAUCAGCCUUGCCUCGUGGUAUCCAUCAGUCGAUGCUUUUUGGCGUAUGAAUUGUGGUAUUGCCCAACUCGGUCGGAUCGAUCCCAUCAUUAGCCCGGGUAAGGUUUCAGGCCAUACGCAUGUGUUGUCGGGUGCCAUCAAUAUCGACACAACAUCAACAUUCGAUUCUUUGUCUCGGGCAUCUUGCACUACUUGUUCAGUCCAGAAAGAUCUGAGUGCCUACUGGACACCUCUUCUCUACUAUCAGUACAAGAAUGGCUCUUUCAUCAAUGUCCCAAAUGGAGGCACUGUGGUUUACUACCUGGGUCGAGGUGACGACCGCGCCAACAUCAUUCCUUUUCCAGAAGGAUUUCGUAUGGUCUCUGGUGACACCACAGCUCGGUCGUACGAUAGCAACACUCUCACCUACGGGACGAAGCAGAGCCCUGGACGGCCUGUUUCGGAUAGAGUCAGCUUUGUGUGCAUCGACUACGAUAAACCCCAGCAACAGACUCCUGCGUUGAACAACACAAAUUGUCCCGAUGGUCUUCGUGCUCAGAUUCAAUUCCAGAGUUGCUGGGACGGGGUUAAUCUUUACAAGCCCGAUCAGUCCCACGUGGCCUAUAUGUCACAGAUUGACAAUGGCAUUUGUCCACCUACUCAUCCAAAAGUGUUGCCUCAUCUCUUUUUCGAGAUGUACUACUUUCCUAACGACCUCGAUACGUCGGAUGGAGGUCAGUUUGUAUUUGCUAACGGUGACGCCACUGGCUAUGGUUUCCAUGGCGACUUCCUGAAUGGAUGGGAUAACCAGACCCUCAGUGAUGCUGUUACUCAGUGUAUCAAUGCAAACGAGGAUGGAGUCAUAGAGGAAUGUCCACCUCUGGCUGCUUCCAACGACGAAUACUUCGGAACAAACUGCCCUGAGCGUGCAUCACUUGUCAACGAGCAAGUUAUAGGAGUGCUACCCAAGCUUCCAGGUUGCAACAAUGUGACGCAUGGACCUGCUUCCGCUCCCCAAGGAAUAUGUCCCACACAGCCCAGCCUGAACAAUCUGACCGACACCGACGGACAGACAAGAGUUCAACCAGUUGCCAAUGUCACCACACUUACCCUCUCCAAUGGCCAGACUGCCAACUACCAAGGGUGCUAUGUCGACUCGACGGGGGGAAGAGCACUUUCCGGCGCAAGUACCUCGAAUGCAACUGGAAUGAGCACAUCUACCUGCGCUACGUAUUGUCUAAACCAGGGAUACUCCGUCUUUGGCACAGAAUAUUCCAAGGAAUGCUACUGUGGACCUUCAGUUCCUGCCACCAAAGCCAACCAGACGGACUGCGCAAUGGUUUGCUCUGGCAACUCGACCGAAUACUGCGGUGCCCCGAGCCGUUUGAGCGUCUGGACCGUUACCGGCAACUCUACUCAGCCGCCGCCUCCGGGACCCUCAGUAAGCGGCGCAACUUAUAUCAGCUGCUAUUCCGACAACGGCAAUCCGCGAACCUUAGCAACACGCACAACCAGCUCCCAGAUGACUCUCGAGCUUUGCGCACAAGCGGCUCAAAGCGGUAAUUACAAGUACUUUGGUAUCGAAUAUGCCUCAGAAUGCUGGGUCGGCAACACGCUCGCGUCCUCCGCCGCGCCAAUCGCCGAGGGCAAGUGCAGUAUGCAAUGUUCCGGCAACAGCUCCGAGGUCUGUGGAGGUCCCAACGCCUUGAGCCUGUUCCAGAACAAGAAUUUCCAGCAACCUGGGAACCAACCUACCGUGAGCAACUUCACGUUUCUGGGCUGCUACAUGGAGGGCAGUUCGGGACGUGCACUCGGCGGGUCACAGAGCUAUUCGACUUCGGACAGCGGCAUGACCGUCGAGAAGUGUGUGUCGACUUGCUCAUCCAAGGGCUACAGCUAUGCUGGCGUCGAGUACAGUAAAGAGUGCUAUUGCAACAGCAUUGGCAUCACGAAUGGCGGUGCCAUUGCGUCCAAUCCCGCGGACUGUUCCAUGAUUUGUGCGGGCAAUCAAACAGAGUACUGCGGCGGGUCAAGCAGACUUACCGUCUACACGCUCAAGCCGAAUAACUCAUCGAGUGUCGCAACGACUGGCAAACGGCACUUGCAUAGCAGAGCCUUUCUUUCAAGUUUCUUCGGAAGCGAGCAGUAA